CAGAAAAGGGGGAAGGCAUUUCCUGACACCGACAGUCGCGCGUGCAUCAAAUUCAGCACCACAAGCUUGAGGAAAGCGCUUGGAUUUGAGCUAGCAAACGAUAUUUGAGGACACUCAACACGUACUAUUUGGGGAAUAUCGCCGUUGAACGUUCCGUCGGACCCACAGGAAGUGUUAGUUGCACCGGAAACCAUGACGUCUGCCACGUCCCCCAUCCUCUUGAAAUGGGACCCAAAGAGCCUGGAGAUCCGCACCCUGACAGUAGAGAGGCUGCUGGAGCCGCUGGUCACACAGGUGACCACCCUGGUGAACACCAGCAACAAAGGCCCGUCGGGGAAGAAGAAGGGGCGCUCCAAGAAGGCCCACGUGCUGGCCGUGUCCGUGGAGCAGGCCACCCAGAACUUCCUGGAGAAGGGUGAGCAGAUCGCUAAAGACAGCCAGGACCUGAAGGAGGAGCUCAUCGCUGCCGUGGAGGAUGUCCGCAAGCAAGGGGAGACCAUGCGCGUGGCCUCGUCGGAGUUCGCCGACGACCCCUGCUCCUCGGUGAAGCGCGGCACCAUGGUGAGGGCGGCCCGCGCGCUCCUCUCGGCCGUCACCCGCCUGCUCAUCCUGGCCGACAUGGCCGACGUCAUGAGGCUGCUGGCGCACCUGAAGAUAGUGGAGGAGGCCCUGGAGGGAGUGAAGAAUGCGACCAAUGAGCAGGACCUAGCCAACCGUUUCAAAGAGUUUGGGAAGGAGAUGGUGAAGCUCAACUAUGUGGCAGCUCGCAGACAGCAGGAGCUGAAGGACCCCCAGUGUCGGGACGAGAUGGCGGCGGCUCGCGGCGCACUGAAGAAGAACGCCACCAUGCUCUACACCGCCUCGCAGGCCUUCCUGCGGCACCCGGACGUGGCGGCCACGCGCGCCAACCGCGACUACGUCUUCAAGCAGGUGCAGGAGGCCAUCGCCGGCAUCUCCAGCGCCGCCCAGGCCAACUCCCCCGUGGAUGAGAAGCACGGGCACGCCGGCAUCGGAGAGCUGGCCGCCGCCCUCAACGAGUUUGACAACAAGAUCAUCCUGGACCCGCUGACGUUUAGCGAGGCCCGCUUCCGGCCCUCCCUGGAGGAGCGUCUGGAGAGCAUCAUCAGCGGCGCCGCCCUCAUGGCCGACUCCUCGUGCACGCGGGAUGACCGCCGCGAGCGCAUCGUGGCCGAGUGCAACGCCGUGCGCCAGGCCCUGCAGGACCUGCUGAGCGAGUACAUGAACAACACUGGAAGGAAGGAGAAAGGUGACCCACUGAACUCUGCUAUUGACAAGAUGACAAAGAAGACCCGGGACCUGCGUCGACAGCUGAGGAAGGCGGUUAUGGACCACAUCUCCGACUCCUUCCUGGAGACCAACGUGCCCCUGCUGGUGCUCAUCGAGGCGGCCAAGAGCGGCAACGAGAAGGAGGUCAAAGAGUACGCCCAGGUGUUCCGUGAGCACGCCAACAAGCUCGUGGAGGUGGCCAACUUGGCGUGCUCCAUCUCCAACAACGAAGAGGGCGUGAAGCUGGUCCGCAUGGCCGCCACUCAAAUCGACAGUCUGUGCCCCCAGGUGAUCAACGCCGCACUCACCCUGGCGGCGCGGCCCCAGAGCAAGGUGGCUCAGGACAACAUGGACGUCUUCAAAGACCAAUGGGAGAAGCAGGUGCGCAUCCUAACCGAGGCCGUGGACGACAUCACAUCCGUCGACGACUUCCUGUCCGUGUCAGAAAACCACAUCCUGGAAGACGUCAACAAGUGCGUGAUCGCUCUGCAAGAGGGCGACGUGGACACCCUGGACCGCACAGCGGGGGCCAUCCGGGGCCGCGCAGCACGGGUGGUGCACAUCAUCAACGCCGAGAUGGAGAACUACGAACCGGGAGUGUACACCGAGCGGGUGCUGGAGUCCAUCAAGCUGCUGUCCGAGACCGUGAUGCCUCGCUUCGCCGAGCAGGUGGAGGUGGCCAUCGAGGCUCUGAGCACCGACCCCCCGCAGGCCUUCGAGGAGAACGAGUUCAUCGACGCGUCCCGCCUGGUGUACGACGGCGUCCGCGACAUCCGGAAAGCAGUGCUCAUGAUCAGGACCCCUGAGGAGCUGGAGGACGACUCAGACUUCGAACAGGAGGACUACGACGCCCGCAGCAGGACCAGCGUCCAGACCGAGGAUGACCAGCUCAUCGCCGGGCAGAGCGCCAGGUGUCCAGAUUCGGCGUGCAAGCAGGACCUUUUGGCCUACCUGCAGAGGAUCGCCCUGUACUGCCACCAGCUCAACAUCUGCAGCAAGGUCAAGGCCGAGGUGCAGAACCUGGGAGGGGAGCUCAUCGUCUCCGGGCUGGACAGUGCCACCUCCCUGAUCCAGGCGGCCAAGAACCUGAUGAACGCGGUGGUGCUGACGGUGAAGGCGUCCUACGUGGCCUCCACCAAGUACCAGAAGGUGUACGGCACGGCCGCCGUCAACUCCCCCGUGGUGUCCUGGCGCAUGAAGGCGCCCGAGAAGAAGCCGCUGGUGAAGCGCGAGAAGCCCGAGGAGUGCCAGACGCGCGUGCGGAGGGGCUCGCAGAAGAAGCACAUCUCGCCCGUGCAGGCGCUCAGCGAGUUCAAGGCCAUGGACUCCUUCUAGAACGCUCCGGAAACGAAAGAGCGGCGAAAAAACAACACCAAACCCAGCACGAGACGAGACGACGAAACUACGAAACAGAAAAAAACGUGAAAAAAUGACGAAAAACGUCACAGAACGAGAGAAGAAACGUCCCUUUUUACUAUGUGUUGAUCCGCCUUUGUUUGUUUUUUGCCGUGCGCGUGCAUCGGCGACGCCCUGUGGGGAGGACUAGAGUUCCCGCCAAAAAAUAAAGCGGUACGUAGCGGCAGCGGCUACCGUGAACAGAGGAAGUGUCGCCCAGCGGUGCGGGCGAGAAACACGCACUCCCUCUACUAUUUAUUACUGUCCUUAUCGUAGCUUCAUGUGUGCGAGCCAAACCCGUGUGUCACUAGAAGAGAACAUUUUAAGAAAAGGAGGGAAAUGUGGAAGAUGAUAAUAAUGAUAAUAACAGUAAUGCAAGAGAGCGCAUCGGAAGGAGAGGAACGGCGAUUGUAAGCGUGACAGUGUAUACUUUGUGGCGGUCAAUAUUCUAGAUAUAUCAUUACUGUGCCACUGACUUGGCUGCUGCUUGAACACAUUUAACUGUCUGAAUGAGAACCAGUGGACGAGACUGUAGAUUAAACACCUUAGGGAUCACACCAAUAUUAAGUAUGUUCCCUCUUAGCUUUUAUUUAUUCCCCUCCAUUAUGAAUGUUAACUAGUAGUGCUAGGAUUAACCUAUUUAGGAAAAACCUGGAAAUGUCAGGGACAAACCUCAAAGUAAUUCAUUUUCUUGUUCCUUAAAGUUAAUAAUAACGAUGAUGACGAUUUCAAAAGAUAAUAAAUGCAUACUUUGUGUUCUCCCGGGGCAACGGAAUGGCCUGUUGUAUUGCAUUUUUGAAGUCAAUUUAUUUCAUGAUUACAUUAUUAACUGUAAUGUAAUCAUGAUGGCGGGUGUUGUGUAAGGUGUACUUCCAGCCACAGAGAGGACGGACUGUGGUUUUGAUCAGAGUAGAACCCCUGCGUGCAGUUCGUUUAUAUGCUCCCGUCUCUAAUAAACUCCUCAACC